UCCGAGUCAUUUGUUUCAUCGAUUUUUAGACCUGGGUUUUAAAAAUGAAAUACUUAGGCUUCAUUCUCUGUGCUGCCUUGUUCGCAAUCCAAGCCCAGUCAGCUCUGGCUGUCUGUGGCUAUGAGUCAUGUCAUCCGACCAAGUCGAACAUGGUCAAUAUACAUUUAGUGCCCCAUUCCCAUGACGACGUGGGCUCUAAAACGGUUGAUCAGUAUUUCUAUGGCCACAAGAAUAAUAUCCAGCAUGCCGGAGUCCAGUACAUCAUUGAUACUGUGAUCUCUGAGCUCAUCAAGGAUCCCGCCCGUCGCUUCAUCCAGGUGGAAACAUCCUUCUUCUCCAAGUGGUGGGACGAGCAAUCGGAAACCGUCAGGUCAAUUGUAAAGAAAUUGGUCAACGAGGGUCGCCUGCAGUUCACAAACGGAGCCUGGAGCAUGAAUGACGAGGCUGCCGUGAACUAUCAGAGUGUAAUUGAUCAGUUCACAGUUGGAUUGAAAUUUCUGGAUGACACUUUUGGAGUCUGUGGACGUCCUCGUGUCGGUUGGCAAAUCGAUCCUUUUGGUCAUUCCCGUGAACAGGCCUCUCUCUACGCCCAAAUGGGCUACGAUGGAGAAUUUUUCUCCCGUAUGGAUCACAACGACAAGGGAAGGCGUAUGAAUGACUUGGCCUUGGAAAUGGUCUGGGAUGCCAGCGAAUCUUUGGACAAUGUCAAGCUUUUUACUGGACUUCUUUACACCUUUUACUGGGACACUCCUGGAUUCUGCUUUGAUGUGCAUUGCAACGACGAUCCCAUUAUUGAUGGCGACAGCUACGAUAAUAAUGUAAAGUCCAGAGUGGACGACUUUAUUGCCUACGCCGCCCAGGUGGCUGAGAAGUUCCGCACAAAUCAUAUCAUGAUUCCCAUGGGCGGAGAUUUCCAGUACGAAGAUGCUGAAGUUAAUUUCAAGAACAUGGACAAGCUAAUCAAGUACAUUAAUGAGCGACAGACCAGUGGCUCAAAGUACAACAUCUUCUACUCCACUCCUGGAUGCUAUCUGAACUCUGUCCAUCAGAGUGUGCAGUCCUAUCCCAACAAAACCCAAGACUUCUUCCCCUAUGGCAGUGAUACCAAUAGCUUCUGGACUGGCUACUAUACCUCUCGACCCACACAGAAGCGUUUCGAGCGUGAUGGCAACCAUAUCCUACAGGUUGCCAAGCAACUCAGUACUUUUGCCAAACUCUCUAGUGAACAGCAAAAAGAGGAUCUGGAGUAUCUCCGCCAGAUCAUGGGUGUGAUGCAGCACCACGAUGCCAUCACCGGAACCGAGAAGCAGGCUGUGUCCAAUGAUUACGAUCGUCUUCUGCAUGAUGCCAUCAUCGGAGGAACCAACACAGCCCGGGAUGCCCUUCGUAAGCUGACCGACCUUCCGAAUGGAGAGUUCGAAAGUUGCCUGCAGACGAACAUUAGCGAGUGCGCCUUCACCAAGGAUGGAGCUGAUAACGUGGUGGUGACCCUUUACAACCCAUUGGCUCAUACAACCAACCAUAUGUGCGAUUCCGUCAAGAAUGAGAACUAUGAGGUGACCGACGAGAAGGGUCGCAUCGUGGCCUCUGAAGUGGUUCCUGUUGCCUGGCAGGUUCUGGCUCUGGAGUUCCGCAAUAAUGACACUCAGCACGAGCUGGUUUUCAAGGCUUCCGUAAAUAAGAUUGCCAACUAUUACAUCAAGAAGGUAGCCAGUAGGAACAUUGUUCCAACUGCCGCCAAGUCCGCUCAGAAGAAAGAACUGCCUUUAAAAGCCAAUAAGAAAGUCAAGUCCAUGAAGACUGCUGCUGAGACCCAUGACGACGAGGAGACUGUGGUCCAGACUUCGGUAGGAUUAUUAAUUAUUAAUUCAGAAUUUCCUUACAGGCUCUUAAAGACAGUUGAAAUGAAUGGAGUUUCCGAGAACAUUGAGCAAAGCUUUGGUAUUUAUAGAACCUAUGAUUCUGGAGCCUAUGUCUUCCGUCAGUAUAACCAAGGAGACUUUGAAAUUCAAAAGGAUGGUGUGGAGUUUACUGUUUACGAUGGAGCUCUAGUCAAGGAAAUCCAUCAGACAUACAAUGAGUUCAUCUCCCAGUUUCGUAUCAAUGAGGGAGAAGAACAUGUAGAGUUCGAGUGGCUUGUUGGUCCCAUUCCAGUUGAAGAAAACUUUGGCAAUGAAGUGGUUACAGUCUUCAGCAGUGGAAUCUCAUCCAAUGGAGUUUUCUACACUGACUCCAAUGGUCGUGAGUUGAUCAGGCGAGAAAAGGAUAAGCGAGAGGACUUUACUCCAGAAUUAGCCGUCCAGCCAACUUCUGGAAAUUAUUAUCCGAUCACAUCUCGCAUUGCCUUGCAGGAUAGCAACAAUCGGAUGGUACUGACGGAUCGUGCCCAGGGAGGAUCUAGCAUGAAGGAUGGACAAUUGGAGCUGAUGCUGCACCGUCGCCUUGCGGAUGAUGGCUAUGGAGUUGGAGAAGCUCAAGAGGAGAAGUAUGGCCAACCUCUGAUUGCCCGGGAAGGUCUACUUGAUCCUAACUCUGCCGAGGAAUCAACAUCCGUGGAGCGUGAGGCUGAGAAGGUGUUCCAUCUGCCCCUAUGGAAGUUCUUCAGCCAGAAUGGCAGCAGCGGCUCUGUGGCCAAGUCUCUUCCCAGCUUCGAUGAUUUCCAGUCGGUGCAUCUCCUCACCCUGGAGCCCUUCAACGAUGAUGAGAUCCUGUUCCGUGUGGAGAAUUUCAUGGAUCACAUUGAGGGUAGGGUUGUUAGCUUCAACAUUCGUCCAAUCUUUGAUUACUUAAAUGGAUUGGAGAUUCGCGAGACUACUCUGGAUGGCAACUUGCCUCUAAGUGACUUGAAGCGUUUCAAGUUCCACGCUGAGGGUUCCGGAGUGAGAGGAACUGAGCCCGAGUACUACACUUCGGCCCACAAGCUGGCAGCCAAUGGAACCCAGGAUGCCUCCGAGUUCGCCGUAACCCUGUACCCAAUGCAAAUUCGUACUUUUAUCAUCAAGACCCAGUAAAUUAUUGAAUGUAACAACUAAAUUAUUGGCAUAAUGAAUAAAUUUUAAAUAAAUGUAUUGAAUAUAAUCGAUUAA